UCUCUCUUCCCUUCUCUCUCUCUCACACACACAUACAUUCAAACACAUACACACUCAUAUACACACAUAAGCACAUGCAAUUAUAUGAAAGUAGCUGAAACAUGUACGCGUUGUCUUUUUCAAAAUCCCAUCCUUUUUCUCUUUACGGAAAAUCUGAAUUGGGCUUGUCUUUUGACUUGCACGAUCGGCUAUUUUUGUCAAGUAUCACUCGGGCAACGAAGUGUGUGCACAUCUAAUACAGCUUCGUAAUAUGCGAGGCGUAUAACUCGGAAAAAAUGCAAGGCUAUUCCACGAGGUUAAGACGAAUGGAUGAACUCAGGAUGCACUCAACUUCCAAAUUUGGGCAUUCGUGUCACGCCAUGCCCUCGCUAUUCGCAUAGCGUUGCGUAGUAUCGUACGUACGUUAAACCGCCCAUUGGACAUCGCUGUCAAGUGGGAUGGAUAAUAAUAACAAUAUGGGUGAAAACAACGUGAGCCAUUCAAUACAAGUACAUGUAUAAAAGUGCGGACGUUUAUGGUGAGAAUCAUUGAUCUGUCCAACUCGACAUUACAACAGUUAUCGUCUCUCAAGCCACACCACACUAUAGCUAUAAUCUGCUGCUGGGGAUUAAGCAACACAAUAAGCAAGAGACUCUGCGUUGAAGUUUUAAAUUCUUCCCUCUGAAGCAGAGACGUGAAAGUAAACCAACUACCGGAAAUCAAAACAGCCAAAAAGCUAAUCCGCAAAGCAUCGAGAUGUUGACGAUAGUUUUCACCUUCCUCUUUGUUCAGGCAGCGUUCGUCCAGGCUCGAGUUGUAAAUCGCGAGACUGUUGAAGACUGUAAGCAAAAUCCAAUUGAACUGGGCAUCGUGCUGGAUUCUUCAAGUUCAAUUCGCCACACAGACUUCAAAAGGAGUCUCACGUUUCUCCAGGAUUUCGUCGACCAGUACGAGAUCGGGGAUGGUCGCAAUGAUGUCAGGGUGUCUAUUAUCACUUUCGGCAAAGGUAUCUACCAGCAGGAUGCUUUUGAUCUGAUGACUUACCACAGCAAGGAGGCUGUGCUGGAAGCUAUUGGCAAAGUCCCUCACAGAGCCGGCAUUUACACCUCUACAGGCGAGGCCAUUGAGUACAUGAGCAAAACUCAGCUGUCUCGGAAUGUGUCCCGACCUUACGCUAAACGUAUCAGCGUUGUAAUCACAGAUGGGAACUCAAACAACUGGCGCCAAACCAAAGACAUGGCCCAGGCCGCUCGCGACAGCGGCAUCGUCAUGUUUGCCGUGGGCGUGGGCAACGCUCGCCACCAGGAGCUGCUCAGAAUCGCCGGCAGCGAGAGUCGAGUGGUCAAAGUGGACAACUACAACAAGCUGCGAGAGAUCAAGAGGAGUCUGGCCUACAAGACCUGCACAGAGGGGGGGCAGACUACGACCACCACCACUACCACCACCACCACCACCACCAGUAUCCCUCCUAUGCCACUCAUACAGAAAUGUGGGUGUGGGGAAGAGAAGCCGGCCGAUAUCUACUUCGUCUUUAGCCCCACGGAGCUCGGCGUGGAGUUCACCUCAUGGACCGCGUCCUUCAUCUCCUCCAUCGUCAGGCAGGACGAGAUGGAGAAAGGCAUCCGGUUCGGCGUCGUUUCAGGUUCCUCCCCUGACGAUGAGGGAUUCGACUUGGACGAUUACACUAGUGCUGAAGAUAUUGAUGCAAGACUGACCAAUUAUAUGAAGCCUCACAUGCCUGCUCUGAUUGAAGGACUGUCCACUUUUGGCUACUCUGAGAUCGCAGGUGGUCGGAGUGACGCCCGCAAUGUGGCUGUUCUUGUGGUGAGUGGUGGGAAGACGAAUAAGGGUCUGGGAACGGAAGUGAACAGACUGCAAGAGAAAGGCGUGCUGGUGUUCAUAGUUGACCCUGCAGGUUCUGGGCUCCGUGUAGAGGGCGCCACCACAGUGACGGGGAACAGUGCCAAGGCAGCGUCCGUGAACUUCGUCACUCACCUGUGCUCCCCUCGAACGGGAUAGGCACAAGGUCAACGUUCAAAAUUAACAUCUAUAUUAUAAUUAAUUACCACGGCUUCUGGGUACUGACUGGAAGGGUUGGUACCAGUGUAUAUUUUGGACUCGUUCACAGCUCUUCCGUCCCGUGUGUCAGGUGUCAUAAGUGGGUUUCUGACCACUAAUAUUACACACAUAUACUACACAUAUAUUAUCUACUAUUACACACAUAUACGAAACACAAAUUACAUAUGAUCUAGACUUAUACACAUAUCACACAUUAUCUAAUAUUUCACACGUAUGCUAUACACACAUCACACGUUUUUCUAAUAUUUCACACAUAUACGACACAUAUCACAUAUCACCCAAGACCAUCAUCGCACCAAACUUUAACAGAUCACGUCAUCACGAGGAAAGAAUCUCUAAUUUGCUUUGUAUAUGCACGGAUGUAUGUUGUUAUUUAUUUUUUCCUGUACAGCAAACUAGUACGGACUCCUGUCUUUCAGCACAGCUCCUGUUCUUCAUCUAAAUCAAUUUUAUAUUACAUUUUUGUUAUGCUGUUAUUUGCUGGUGUAUAACGAGGUAUACAUGUCCUGGACAGAAGGAAGAGUCUGUUCUCGAAUGUCCUGCUAGGCUGAAGUAAUAAUAUAAUAAUAAUCAUUGAAAGGUGCUGUAUCAGUCAGAGAUCAAGCUGACUGGCAGACUUUUUGCAUUGAUUCCAUUUUGGUGGUCGUUUAGAGGUACGUUGUCUACAGGUUCAACGUUCUCUCUGCUCACUUCUUCCAAUGGCUUUUCUUAUCUUGUUAGUUAUGAAAAGUGCAUUUAACAUCAUUAGAUUGUUCAAACCCUUUUAAGAGGAACCAAAGGUGUAAAUACGCAUUCUGACAAGUGUUUGUGUAUUAUAUUAUUUUUUAUAGAUCUGUGGUAUUUGGAUCUCAAUCAAUUCGUGAACCAAAGCACUGUGAUAACUUUGGGUAUCUCUGUGAGCUUGUAUGAGUAUUUAUAACACACACACACAGAGAGAGAGAGAGAGAGAGAGAGAGAGAGAGAGAGAGAGAGAGAGAGAG